AUGGUGGUUCAGCUCGGGCCGCUACGCACGGCCGACUGGACGCGCUGGACGCGGUACUCACGCUACUUUCGUGCCGACAAAGAUGGUCAACGGACUCUGUUUAAUAUGAGAGUCGGCGAAAGGGAGGACGAGAGCGAUGACGAGAGCGGCGACGUGGGCGACGACGACAUGACGAACGCCCAAGCACAUCAGGUCCAACAGGUGAUCCGCCGGAUGCUGCAGUACGAUCCCAAGGAACGGCCGACGGCGCAAGAGCUUCUCCAGGACCCGUGGUUCCAGGAUGAGGAUGGGGACAGACGAGCGACGUAA